GGGCGGGGCUCCUGUCAGGAAGGGCCGGGAAGGGAGGGGCAGGCAGGAAGGCAGGAUCACAUUCCUAGCCAGGGGAGGGGCCGAGUACAGGCAUGCGCAGAAGGCGCCUCACCCUUCAGACUACGAUUCCCAGAAGGCGGUGCUCGCCUCAGGGGCAUUUUCCUAACCUCAAGCAAGAGAUGACUGGAGUUCCUUCUUACUAUCACACUUCCGCUUCCUUUUCUCCCCACCUCUUCCACGCUUCCUCGUUCCCGCUUCCCCUUCUCUGUCCUGAGGUGAAGUGUGACGGGGUGAGCGGAGGCUGAGAGCGGGGCCUGAGAGCGGGGCCAGGCCCAGGUGGAGCCGGUGCGGGGGUGCGACGGAGUCGAAGCACCGGGGACGGGCUGGGAACCUCACGGAUAAUGGGAGGAGCGUCCGCUCUCCCUUCUGUGGCCUCUGCUCUGCCCCAGGAGGACAGCCUGGAGGAAGAGGGAAUGGCUCCUGCCCUGACUGCCAGGCCCGGGAAGGAAUCAGUGACAUUCAAGGAUGUGGCUGUGGAAUUCACCCAGGAAGAGUGGGUACAAUUGAACCCAUCUCAGAAAAAAUUGUACAGGGAUGUGAUGCUGGAGAACUAUAGGAACCUGGUGUCUUUGGGAUUUGCAGUUUCCAAACCAAAUGUGAUUUACCAGUUGGAAAGAAAGGAAGCGUCUUCCUUGCCAGAGACAGAUAUUCCAAGAAGCAGCUGUCCAGAGAGCAUAGAAUUUGGUGGUGAUAAACCUCUUCAAUGUAAUGGAUAUGGGAAUGCCUUCUGGAGCAAGGAGCAUCAUGCUGUGUGUCAGAUAAUCCAUACUGGAGAUAAUCCUUAUGAAUGUAGUGAAUGUAGGAAGGCCUUCAGUUUUAACAUACAACUUAAACUGCAUCAGAGACUUCAUACUGGAGAAAAACCUUACAAAUGUAGUAAAUGUGGGAAAGCCUUCAGGAUUACAUCAGAGCUUACUGCGCAUCAGAGAAUUCAUACUGGAGAGAUGCUUUAUGAAUGUAAGGAGUGUGGGAAGGCUUUCCCCUACAAUUCAUAUCUUAUUCGACAUGAAAAAAUUCAUACUGGAGAGAAACCUUAUGAAUGUAAUGAAUGUGGGAGAGCCUUCAGGAUUAAGUCAGAGCUUACUGUGCAUCAGAGAAUUCAUACUGGAGAGAAGCUUUAUAAAUGUAAGGAGUGUGGGAAGGCUUUCCCCUAUAACUCAUAUCUCAUUAAACAUCAAAACAUUCAUACUGGAGAGAAACCUUAUGAAUGUAGUGAAUGUAGGAAGGCCUUUAGGAGUAAGAAACAACUUAUAGUGCAUCAGAGAAUUCAUACUGGAGAGAAACCUUAUGAAUGUAGUGAAUGUGGGAAGGGCUUCAAGAGUAAAUCAGAGCUUACUGUGCAUCAGAGUAUUCAUACUGGAGAGAAACCAUAUGAAUGUAGUGAAUGUGGAAAGGCCUUCAGGAUUAAGAAACAACUUACAAUGCAUCAGAGAGUUCACACUGGAGAGAAACCUUACGAAUGUAGUGAAUGUGGAAAGGCCUUUAAGAAUAAGCGAAAUCACACUGUGCACCAGAAAAUUCAUACUGGAGAGAAACCUUAUGAAUGUAGUGAAUGUGGAAAGUCCUUCAGGAAUAAGGGAAAUCAUACUGUACAUCAGAGAAUUCAUACUGGAGAGAAACCUUAUGAAUGUAGUGAAUGUGGGAAGGCCUUCAGGAGUAAGUCAGAACUUAGUGUUCAUCAGAAAAUUCAUACUGAAGAGAAACCUUAUGAAUGUAAUGAAUGUGGAAAGGCCUUCAGGAAUAAGGGAAAUCAUGCUGUGCAUCAGAGAAUUCAUACUGGAGAGAAGCCUUAUGAAUGUAGUGAAUGUGGAAAGACUUUCAGGAGUAAAGAUCAUGUUAUAGUGCAUCAGAGAGUUCAUACUGGAGAGAAACCUUAUGAAUGUAGUGAAUGUGGGAAGACCUUCAGGAGUAAGGAUCAUCUUAUAGUGCAUCAGAGAAUUCAUACUGGAGAGAAACCUUAUGAAUGUGGUGAAUGUAAAAGGGCCUUUAGGAGUAAGGAACAACUUAAAGUGCAUCAGAGAGUUCAUACUGGAGAAGAGAAACCUUUUGAAUGUAGUGAAUGUGGGAAGCCCUUCAGGAAAAAGUUUGAGCUUGCUGUGCAUCGGAGAAUUCACACUGGAGAGAAACCUUAUGAAUGUAGUGCAUGUGGAAAGGACUUCAGGAUUAAGAAACGACUUAUAAUGCAUGAGAGAAUUCAUACUGGAGAGAAACCUUAUGCAUGUAUUGGAUGUGGGAAGGCUUUCAGGAGUAACUCACAAGUUAAAGUGCACCAGAGAAUUCACACUGGUGAGAAACCUUGCACAUGUAGUGAAUGUGGGAAGGCCUUCAUCUGUAACUCAAAACUUACAGUGCAUCAGAGAAUUCAUACUGGAGAGAAACCUUAUGAAUGUCGUGAAUGUGGAAAGUCCUUCACAAGAAAGGUACAUCUUAACGUGCAUCAGCAAAUUCAUAUUGGUGACUUUCUUUUUGAAUGUAAGGAGUGUGGGAAGGGUUUCCCAUACAACUCAGAACUUAUUCGACAUCAAGUAAUUCAUACUGGAGAGAAACGUUAUCAAUGCAUUGUAUGUGGGAAGGCCUUCUUGAGGAAGGCAUAUCUUACUAGGCAUCACAGAACUCAUACUAGAGAAAAAAAUGAUAUGAUUGGGCUUACAGAAGCGCAGCAGAAGGAGGUGAAAAACAAGUAUAUCAUCCUUAUAGCUCAGAACAUGUCCAAUAAUCACGGGUCACAGUCUGUAUCGUGAGUGAGGAGUCAUACCUCCUUCCCUCCCUCAAUCCGUCAUUUAUGCCCUGCUAGAUAGGAGCGGGAGAAGAAAUUGUACAGCAUAUGAGCAAGAGGAGUUAGGAACAUGUAAGAGUCCUUGGUACCAUGGGCAGAUGGACAAAGAAUGUGGCAGAAAUGAUUUAGCAUGAAGAUGAUGGGAGACAGUGCUAAGGUGACAUGGUAAAGGAACAGAAGAUAGUGGAAGAAGUGUUUGUGCAAUACAGCUUCUUUGACAGAUUCACAUUGAUGGACCACUCCCAAUGUUCAUAUGGAGUAUUUGUAUCUGACUUGUUUUAGUGUUCUGAGCUCAUAUUGGUCUGUUCAGCCACAGAUGGGCACACUGUACUUUGACCCAGACAUAGUGAUGUCAUUUUGGUCCUCUUUGAGCACAAAGGACAACCACCACCACACUGAUGCCAUCCCAAGGUGAAGAGGCUGUUAUAGUGUAUGUAGUAUACGAUGUUGUUCUUUGCUUAGUUUCCAGCACACUAUUUAUUUUCCAGCUUUCUCAGCAGUUGUUGUCAAAUAGUGAGUUCUUAUCCCAGAAGCUGGAGUCUUUGGGUUUAUCAUAGUAGAUUACUAUAGUC